AUGCAGAACGGAGAAGAGAUGAGCCCGCUAGCGCAGGACAGCAACAACGCCGGAGGGCCGGCCGCGGAGGAAAAGGAAAAGAGCCAGACACGUGGGGGUGUGGAGCCCUCAGCUCCGCCGCUGCCCCCCUCAGACCCACCUCCGCCUGGGCCACCCGAGUACCCAAGGCCCAGGCUCGUCUUCCACACCCAGUUGGCCCAUGGCAGCCCUACAGGCCGCAUCCAUGGCUUCACCAAUGUCAAGGAGUUGUAUGCCAAGAUCGCUGAGGUGUUUCAUAUCUCUCCCUCGGAGAUCCUUUUCUGCACUCUGAACUCCCACAAGGUGGACAUGCAAAAGCUGUUGGGUGGUCAGAUCGGCCUGGAGGACUUCAUCUUCGCCCACGUCAGGGGCGAGACCAAAGAGGUGGAGGUCACCAAAACGGAGGACGCCCUCGGGCUGACCAUCACUGACAACGGAGCAGGGUAUGCUUUCAUUAAGAGGAUAAAGGAAGAUAGCACCAUUGACCAGCUCAAGACUGUAUGCGUGGGUGAUCACAUUGAGGCCAUCAAUGACCAGAGCAUUGUCGGGUGUCGGCACUACGAAGUGGCUAAGAUGCUAAAGGAACAACCAAGGGGAACACCCUUCACUCUACGAUUGGUGGGGCCCAAGAAAGCCUUUGACAUGAUCGGAAUGAGGACCAGGGCGCCCAAGUCGAGCGAGGGUAAGAUUGUGAAUGGGAAGGAGACCCUGCGUCUGCGCUCCAAGGGGUCAGCUUCCGUCCAGGAAGUGCCGAAUGAGAUUGAGGAGAGAGCCACCAAGAAAGUGGAUGAUCUACUGGAGAGCUACAUGGGUAUCCGAGACCUCGACUUAGCGACCACCAUCGUGGAGGCUGGCAAAGGCAAGAAGAACCCAGAUGACUUUGCUGAGGCUCUGGAUUCAGUGCUGGGGGACUUUGCCUUCCCAGAUGUCUUCUUGUUUGACGUGUGGGGUGCCAUUGGAGACGUGAAGAACGGCAGAAUGUAGAGGUGUCAGUCAGUUAUUACUGUUUUCAUGUCUUUCAAACAUUUAUAUUUUACAACUGUCAUCUCAAUGGCCGUAUUAGAUGGUUAACGUAGGCCUACUCAGCCAUUCUUCCCCAAACUAUUUUCUAUUUAUUUAUAUUGCUUUGUUAUGAAACAAGUUCCUCCCGAAUACGUUAAGUUUAGAAUUACAUUGCAUAAGGUUAGUGGGUUACGUAAUCUUUGCAGUGGGCAUUUUGGUUAUUGUGUUCUUGGAUACUGCUCAGGGCUCACCAUACUAAAGGGAAAUAUCCCUGUUAUGUCAUUAAUGAGUACAAAACCCAAUUACUGUCGUCCAUCCAUCUCUGAAACCAGGAAGUGAGAUAAGAGCUUGUUUGUUUCCUGUCACAGAGGGACCAGGAUAAGUUCAGAGAUCAAAGAGUUGACCCAUGGGCGGCACCAUUAGUGCGACGUUUCAUAUUCCACCACCACGGUUGAGAAACCACCAUGGCGGCCAUUUUAAAUCAAAGCACUCCCCAUACAUUAGUUAUGCAAUAGUGAGCUGUAGAUUGAUUUCGCCUUGUUAACAAAGGAAUGGCUGGAGUGCUAAAUUGGGUAUUUGGCCAAGACAUCAAGGUGCAUCCUUAUACAAUAAGUAUUUGCAUGGUAAUCUCAAAUAACCAGAGUAAUGUAAGAGUUCAGUAUAAUGCCUCAUCUUGAGAACAGCACCCCAUUACACAGUAUCCCGACCAGUGUUGUCAUUCAUUUGAUCCAAAUGUAUGAGUGCCCUCUACAGACUCACCCAUAAUAUCUCUCCAGCAACUGGUAAUUUGGAGGUAAAUAGAGUGAUCUUCUUGUCAUCUGAGAAAGAGUAUAGGUCAAGUGUAUCUUUUUUUCAGAAAUGACCCUUGGAAAGAUCUCUAAAAUGCAUACUGAUUUGCUAGAAUUCCCUAAAGUCGUUCUACGGCCAUACCAAGAAUUCCAACGUCAUCUUAUAGGAAACACAACCCCUACAUUUCCCACGGUGAAGGAACUUGAGUCAACAUAUUUGGCAUAUAAAGGCUACUUUGACUCACAACCGGGACUUUCAUUGUGCAGACUUUAUAAUACAAAUGGGAAAACAACAUGAUUUCAAGAUGAAUGGUGAAGACAGUUAGAAAAACAUGUUUGAAAACUUCCUCUUGUUGUUUGCCUGAAAAAUGAAGGUCUUCAUAUUCUUUGUACAUGACCUAUCAACAUGUUUUGUUCUCGCUUUCCAUUUCAUUUCAAGUAUUCAUAAUACAGCAUUUUCUUCAUCAAACACAACUUUUAUAUUAUGAUUCAGUGUUGUUUUAGAAACGGAAUGUAAAUAAGAGUUAUUUGAAUUGUCAAAUAUGUGCGAAAAGUUCAGAAAUAAGUACGUUUUGAAUCAUGUAUAAACAAAAUGACAUCAUGUAAUCUUGAUUUGUAUGUUGUUGUGUGGUAGGUUCAGACUUGAUGUCUGAUGUGUAUUGAUAAAUCGCUCUAUUGAGACCUGAAAAUGUAAGGCAUAUUUAAUGUGUGUUGUUUUGCAAUUACCAAUACAAAUGUUAUAACUCAUUCUCAAGGUCAAAUGUUAUUGUGUGCUUCCUAGAGCAACUACACUAUCAAUAAAAGUUUAUACUAUGUGCUUGUUAUAAAUUAUUAUUCUUAGGAAGUACCUAACACUGUUAUUCAGUAUUUCAACACCAACUUAAAAGUCAAAUUUGUUCAAACUUCAAGUAGAAAAUAUAUGUAUUUAAAUGUUUGGAUCAGUGCAGUGUUUGAAUCGAAGGGUAACAAAAACAAACCAUAAACAAAGCUGACUUUUAGUUGAACCUUUCAGGUUUUAUUUUCCCUGGGAGAAAACACAUGCCAACUUCCAUUGACUUUAUAAACUUUACAUCUGCAUUGCACAUGCUCAGACACUACACCUGCGUCAUCAUGACAUACAUCAAACUCUAAAAAUAUCUGCACCAUACACAGCCAGAUAUUACGUUGUCCCAUCGGUUUUCCUUAAAAAAAUAAGACUUGCAAAAGCUAAGAUACAUUACACACAUACAGUUGAAGUCGGAAGUUUACAUUCGCUUAGGUUGGAGUCAUUAAAACUUGUUUUUCAACCAAUCC